AUGACCAUGAACCAACAAACAUCCAGAGAUGACGCAUCCUGGCUUGAUCUCGGAGCUCCUACCGGAGGAGCGAGAGGGCCAAGCAAUGUCAGCAACGGUGCUGGUGCAGUGUGCUUCUUACUCUUCUUCGUCUUCUUCUUCGACUUGGGAGCAGAAACCUCAGUGCUGGGUGCUACCACGGGUGUCGGAGUUGUCGGUGUCAGUGCAGGGGGAGAGCUCACCGGAACUAGCGCUGGCGGCGAGCUCACAGGUGUCACAGCAGGAGGUGUAGCCGUAGGAGGAGUGGUCGCGGGAGGUGUGGUCACCGGAGGAGUGGUUGCUAGAGCUGGAGUAGCAGCUUUAGACAGAGGAGAUGCUACCAUGGGAGAUGAAACAAGAGGGUUUGCGAUUGCAGCAUUGGGGGAUGAAGCUGGUGGAGAUGAAGUGGGAGAAGCAACAGGCGCAGUUGAUUUUGGUUUAGAAGGGGUUGUGGUUGGGAAUGCUAUCAACACUUUUUUUUAA